AUGCAGGACCGAGGCGAUCAGGUUGCGGGCAUAGCCAUAACAUUCCUCAUCUUGACGUGGCUGACCGUCGGCUUGAGAUGCUACGUCAGAACGGUGCUCGUAAAAGGCUUUGGGCUUGACGACAAGGUGAUGGUAGUAACACUGUGCUUUUUCACGGCAUAUCUAUCAUGCCAGCUCGGCGGCGCUCUCCAUGGAACUGGGCAGCAUCGUGAAAAUAUCACAGACGAGAACGCCCAAACAGCGCUCAAAUUCUGGUUCUUUUGCGAAGUCUUCUACACAAUAACGACUUCCAUAUUCAAAAUCGCCAUUGGGCUUUUCUUGCUGCGCAUUACGAUCGUCCCGAUCCACAUCUGGAUCAUCCGCUUCAUCAUGGCCGUCGCAGCCGUCCUCGGAGUUGCGUACACUUUGCUCGUCAUCUUCCAGUGUAGACCAAUCUCUUACUGGUGGGAUCUGGAUCCAACUCAUACCGGCACAUGCCUUUCUGCAUCGCUAGUCAUGAACUUCACUUACGUCGUCUCUGCGUUGAAUUCGUUUGCGGACUGGACGUUUGGAAUUCUGCCCAUCUUUGUGGUCAAAGACCUGCAGAUGAAGCGCCGCGUCAAGGUUAUUGUCAGUAGUAUUAUCGGCUUGGCUGCAAUUGGUUCGACCGCAACCAUCAUCCGCCUCCCCUACACCUCAACCCUCAAGCCCUACAAAGGAGACUUUCUCUACCGCACAACCGACUUCGCAAUCUGGACCACCGUUGAAGUCGGCAUUGGGAUAACAGCCGGCUGCAUCGCAACGCUCAAACCCCUGUUCAAAGCCGCCCUGGGCUCUACCGGCCAAAACUCCGGCAUGCCGUGGUCCAAAACACCAAAAGGCUUCCAAUCCAGGACCGGCGGCUCCACAUUCGGCACCCAGCAGAUGCUGGACAACCUGCGCCCCGCCGCCGAGCGCACAGUGCGCACAACCACCGUCACGGGCGGGCGGGGGAGUAGCAGCGACGAGGAGAACAUGUUGGACACGGGGGUGCUCGAAGAGCAAUGGGAGAACGGGAUACGGAAAGGUGUUACGACGACGGUUACGACGGAAGUUGCGCCGGAAAACUCGCUGAGCCACAGUACUUCAAAACGAGGGUUUACUUCUUCUUCUGCCCCGGCCUCGAAUAAGCGGAGGAGCUUGAGCCUGGGUGGAGACAGUAAUAGUACGUUGGAUGAUGAGUACAAGAAGCCUGUAGGGACGUUUAAUCCAUUCCAGUAG